UAUACGUCAAAACUCGAUUAAAGGGCGAAUGGAUUUGUCAUCGUCUUAGUAAAAUAAAUAUUGUUUUCAAUUUGUUCUCCUUAAAAUUAGUGCGUGUUCCACUCAAUUAUUACCCUUCUAAGCUUGCCUUACGUUUUAUCACCCCCGAGAUACGUUCACAAUGCAAGACACAAGACCUGAGUUAUACGAGGAAGUUAAGCUCUAUCGCAACGCCAGAGAGCGUGAAAAGCAUGAUAACAUGGCAGAGUUAUAUGCUGUAGUUAGUACACUACAGCACCUCGAGAAAGCCUAUAUGAGGGACUUGGUGCGGGCUCAAGAGUAUACUGCGGCGUGUAGCCGCCUGCUAGUGCAGUACAAGGUCGCGUUCAAGCAGGUGCAAGGCACAGAGUUCCCUAAUAUUGAGGCCUUCAUUACAAAGUUCAGAUUAGACUGCCCGGCAGCGCUGGAGCGUAUAAGAGAGAACAAGCCCAACCUGGUCAAGGAUGACAAGGGCAACACCAACAAAUACAUCGCCGAGAUUGUUUCGCUAUUCAUCACCCUGAUGGACAAGCUCCGCCUGGAGUUCCGUGCCAUGGACAUGAUCCAGCCCGAGCUCCGGGACCUGCGAGACACCAUGGACCGUCUCAUGAUGCUGCCGGAGGACUUUGAGGGGAAACUGAAGGUCCAGGAAUGGCUGGACAAGCUGUCAGAGAUGUCGGCCUCCGACGAGCUGUCCGAGGCCCAGGGGAGACAGCUCAUCUUCGACCUGGAGUCUUCCUACCAGGCCUUCAACAAGUUCCUGCACAAGGACUGAAAC